CUAUGGAAGCUCUUCUGUAAAAUGUAAAUGUAUAAAAGUAUUUGGUUCAUUUGGUUCCGUUCCUCUACAGCUGUGUGUGAAUGUUACUCCGGGCAGCUGACGUGUCCCUACAGCCCAGAGGUUAAAAAUAUGCAGAGGAUUUUUUGUAAAAGGGACGCACAUGAUCACAACUGCUGCACGGGCAUGGCCUUCCAGACUUCAAAGGAAACCGAACUGGACCAGGGUUGGAUCAGCGUGCAGGACAGUGGCAACGCCUUUACUGUAUCUGUGCAGAGUCUGUCUCUGGGUGAGGGAAUGUACUGGUGCGGCCUGAGAAACGGCACCAACAUCAUCAGACUGGCCGAGGGGGAGUUCUUCAAUGAUCAGAUGAAUUUCGAAUGGAGCAUCGUGCGCUGGAUUCUGUUUCUUCUGCUUCCACUUGCUGUAAUUUUGACUCAUAUUUACUGCAGCAUAAAAAAGAAACAGGGAGAGAAGCGAGAUGAGUGACGUGAACAUGUGAUGGACGAACGCCGAUGGACUACAGAGGACCAGUACACAUUAAGUUUCUCCUAUAUUAUGUAUAUUCCAAAUAUUUUCUACAUUGGUGUGAUGUUGUGGAUAAGUCUUGUUUGUAAAAUAAUAAAAUACGUACAUUUGUCACUUUGUUAGGAACUCCUGUACGCCUCAUUUGUGUAAUUAUCAGCCAAAUCACACAGUCAUGGGUCAAGAGCAAAAAACAGUUUGACCAUGUCGAAAACUGCCAAUCAGCUCGAAUUUUCACACACAACAGUCUUAAAAAUGAGCAAAUGAUACACAUCUAACAAGACCACCACCAAAAACCAGUGGUGGCCACAAACAACAGCUGAUUCUACUCUUGUGUUCUUGUCACUACUGGUAGCCUGAGGUGGUGACUUUGUUUGUUUGAUUCCCAAUGUCAGCUGCUAUGACUGUUAUCAUGGCUAAACAAAAGGUUCCAUCUUUAACAAGUCAAAGUGAAGGUCGAUGUGAUUCUUUACAGGAAUUCAUGAAGAGACUUUGUGUGGAUUAGGGUGUUUGACUAACUGUGUAAGUGUAGAGUUUAAUAGACUUUUUGUUUUAUAUCUUAUUUGGCAUUUUUAAGUUUUAUUGCUUCUAAGAAUUUAAGCAGCGGUCGGCCGCUUUGCUUUCGUCUUUUGUAAAUAGUUUCACAACAGUCUGGGUGGCACGGUGGCUCGGUGGGUAGCACUGUCGCCUCACAGCAAGAAGGUCCUGGGUUCGAUCCCCAGGUGGGGGCGGUCCGGGUCCUUUCUGUGUGGAGUUUGCAUGUUCACCCUGUAUCUGUGUGGGUUUCCUCCCGGUGCUCCGGUUUCCUCCCACAGUCCAAAAACAUGCAAGUGAGGUAAAUUAGAGAUACAAAAUUGUCCAUGACUGUGUUUGAUAUAACCUUGUGAACUGAUGAAUCUUGUGUAAUGAGUAACUACUGUUCCUGUCAUGAAUGUAACCAAAGUGUAAAACAUGACAUUAAAAUCCUAAUAAACAAUCACAGCAGUCUUA